UUUUUUUUUUUUCUUCCCCUGCCUAAACUCCUCUGUCAGCCUGUAAACAUUACCUGAGAAUUCCCCAGCCGAAACGGCUGCUGGGGCAAGAAAGUUCUUGUUAGAACUUUCCACCUCCGGCUUCCCCUUCAACCCUCUUACUGUCCCAACCUUCUGAGACGCUUUUUCUCCUCCCGAGGAUUUAUCUCCCCCUCCUCCCCCUUUUUCUCACCCGGUGCUUGCUUUGCAUUUGGGAAGAGGUUAUUUCAAGAGUGGCCAGGUGGGACGCGUCUCUGCCCUUUAUUCGGUUUAUUUAUUAUUGUUUGGGGGUGUUUUUCUUUUUUUUAAGUCCUGUUUUGUUCGGUCCGGGGAGUUUCGCCACCCCCUCCGCCCGGCUCCGCGGCGCGGAGGAUGGUGUGGAAAUGGCUGGGCGCGCUGGUGGUGUUCCCUCUGCAGAUGAUCUAUCUGGUGGUGAAGGCUGCCGUCGGACUGGUGCUGCCCGCCAAGCUGCGGGACCUGUCGCGGGAGAACGUCCUCAUCACCGGCGGCGGGAGAGGCAUCGGGCGCCAGCUGGCUCGCGAGUUCGCAGAACGCGGCGCCAGAAAGAUCGUCCUGUGGGGCCGGACUGAGAAAUGCCUGAAGGAGACGACGGAGGAGAUUCGGCAGAUGGGCACUGAGUGCCACUACUUCAUCUGCGACGUGGGCAACCGGGAGGAGGUGUACCAGACGGCUAAAGCUGUCCGGGAGAAGGUGGGCGACAUCACCAUCCUGGUGAACAACGCCGCCGUGGUCCACGGGAAGAGCCUGAUGGACAGCGACGAUGACGCCCUUCUCAAGUCCCAGCACAUCAACACCCUGGGCCAGUUCUGGACGACCAAGGCCUUCUUGCCGCGGAUGCUGGAGCUGCAGAAUGGCCACAUCGUGUGUCUCAACUCUGUGCUGGCGCUCUCUGCCAUCCCCGGCGCCAUCGACUACUGCACGUCCAAAGCCUCAGCCUUCGCCUUCAUGGAGAGCCUGACCCUGGGGCUGCUGGACUGUCCCGGCGUGAGCGCCACCACCGUGCUGCCCUUCCACACCAGCACCGAGAUGUUCCAGGGCAUGAGGGUCAGGUUCCCCAACCUCUUCCCCCCGCUGAAGCCGGAGACGGUGGCCAGGAGGACGGUGGAAGCCGUGCAGCUCAACCAGGCCCUCCUGCUGCUCCCGUGGACCAUGCACGCCCUCAUUAUCUUGAAAAGCAUACUCCCACAGGCUGCCCUCGAGGAGAUCCACAAAUUCUCAGGAACCUACACCUGCAUGAACACUUUCAAAGGACGGACAUAAAGGCAGGACGUAGAGACAGGCUCGAAAGCCGCGGAACCUGAGGGGGCCUGGGCACCUGGGAACAACGCCCAUGUGCCUGUCCCUUGGCACACUUCUGCUGGGUGAGCAGGACUGCUCCUGUGCUGGGGAAGAAUCUGGCUGCCCCCCCAGGCCAGCCCCAGGACUUUGCACAGGACUGAUGGGCGUAACUCUGACCCCCAUGGGGAGGCAAGAAACCUGCCAGCAGCUGCCUUGACACUUUUGUACAUUUCUGAUUCUGUAGAGUUUAUCGUUAAAUUGCUUUUCAAGUCUAACCAAGUGCAUAGACUUCUCAAGUCGGCAAUGUGCAUAGACUAUUUCUGUGCCCACACGCUCCUCCUUCCCCUCAAAAUCCACUCAUCCUCAGCUUGUGCAAACUGGUUGAAUGGCAGGAAUACAAAAUAAAGAGAAAUGGCUUUUGCGA